CCCUAUAAUAUUUAUACAGCUGAUUUGCCAUUAGUUUGAUAUCCCACUUUAUUUGUGUGAUAUUUUCGCCAAUAAUUCAAUUUCUACAAUCAGUUGUAAUUUUGUUAAGUUAAAAUGAGUGAAUCGCAUAGUGGAGAGGAGGAUAAUGGAUUUUACUUUGAAAGCGAUCAUUUAGCACUGCGUGGUAAUGCAGAUUACACAAAAAUGCUGCGCACAAUAACAAUACUGGAAGUGCAAAGAAUGCGGGUGCUCCAACAGUUAGAAGAGUUGGAGCUGGCGAAACAGCGAUACCUAAGCGAUCCUGAACUAUUGCUCCAAAAGCUGCAAAAUAAUGAAGAAUUAAUUUCGCCAAACUACAUGACAAUUGAAAAAAUACCAGAAAUAACUACAAACUUGGACCUUCUGCCAAACACAGACGUGAAGUUGAAGGAAGAACCAGAUACCGAAAAGAAGUCAACUGUGCGCGGACGCAUUGCGGAUGAGUCCAAGCCGGAAACUUUCAAUCAGCUCUGGUCUUGUGAAGAACAACGUCGCCUAGAGGAACUGUUAAUUGAAUACCCAGCAGAAGCGAUUGAAAGUCGUCGAUACGUGAAAAUCGCCAAAGCAUUGGGUAACCGUACGACACAGCAGGUAUGCAGUCGUGUGCAAAAAUAUUUUCAAAAAUUGCACGACGCCGGUUUGCCUAUACCGGGACGGCGCCCGAAAAGUCGGCGCGCUGGUCAAGCAAAAACAAAACACUUCUUUCGUCCGACGACCUUUUUCCCCGCAUAUAAUGUUCCUGUACACAUGCCAGAGGAUGAUUUUCUACUAUCCGAUUUGCGCGUUGAAAGCUCACCGGCACCAACAGAUGUAGGUAACGCAUCCACUGCAAAGCCACCUGAAGAGGGAAACGAUGGUAUUGAGGUGCAAAGUGAAGAGGAUCGUGAUCGCAUGUUGAAAAUAUUAGGCAUCAUAAAAGAGGAGAAAAUGAAUACACCUGAAGGAUACAAUCCAGAUCCAUUGGCUCCACUGUGCGAUACAUGUCGCGUCACCGCUAUUUCACGUUUACAUUGGCGUUGCAACACCUGUUACGUAUACCUUAACCAAUGCUCCGAUUGUAUCGUGACCCAGUUGAUAUCACAAAGCUUUGAGCACCUGGCACAUGAUGUGGUUGCAGAGAAUGAUUUGUGACAUUGGGCUGCAUUAUAGUCUGAAAGCUGCUUUGAUUUCUAAUUUACAAGGCUCAAAUACGAAGAAGUCUGAAGUACCUAAGAAAUUAAUGCUUGGGAAAUAUUUAGUAUGAUGCAACAUGUUUCAAAAAAAAAAAAAUAAUAAUGUAAAGA